CCGGGACAGGCCGCAGUUGCACAGCCUGCGGGAAAGAGCGGCAUACUCUGAUUAGCCUGACGUCUGUGGAUGCCCGCGCUUCGCUGCGCUGCUCCAGUAUAUGUGCUACUGAAGCAAGCAUACUGCCCAGAAUACUUCUUAGAAGCUGAUCUAACUAAAAAUACCCUAUCUUCUUGAUGAGAUGUAAGGAAAAAUGACAAGCAUGGAAAGUGAGAAUACAAAGAAAAUACAAGAAAUGAAGACUGACCUGAACUUACUGUUGGAAUGUCUGAAGUAUCACAUGGGCAACCCUUUGUCACAAAAAGAAGUUUUGAUCACUAUCCAUUCCAUUUGUAAACAAAACAGUGAUGCAGGUGUUUAUUUCCGGGAAAUUGGUGGUUUGAUGUUUGUUGAAAGUCUUGCAAAAUCAAGUGAGCAUAGCAUGGUAAAAGAAGCAGCCUUAUAUACAUUAGGAUCUAUUGCAGAAGAAAAUGUUUACUGCCAGCAAACUUUGUGUACUUCAGAAUUAUUUCAAGAUUUAAUUUUGCUCUUAUCUAAUGAUGAUUCAAACAUAAAUUUGAAAAGAAUGUCCAUCUAUGUUCUUUUGGUUCUGGUUUCAAAUAAUAGGAAUGGACAAACGCUUAUAAGAGAAACAGGUUGUAUUGAAGUUCUGUCACAGUUGUUCAGGACAGUUCUUUCAAAUUAUGAGUUGAAUUUGUCAGAUAAUAAUGUUUUCCAGAGUUAUCUGCUGUGGUCUUCAGUGUGCAGUACUUUGUGUGUCUGUGUCAACAAUCCUCAAAAUGAUGAGAAUCAAAUGCUUUGUUGUUCACUUUUUCCGUAUGUGAAUGAAUGGCUAGUGAACUGUAUGAAACCUGAGGUAAUUCGCCCUAUAUGCUCAUUUAUUGGACUUACUCUUGCAAAUAAUACACAUGUCCAGAACUGCUUUGUAUCUUCUGGUGGACUGGAUGUUUUGUCUCAAGUUCUCGUGCAGCUGGAGUUGGAUUCUCACAAUACUUUUUUCAGUGCAAAACUUGCAGUGAUGGUGACAAAGACCUUAGAUGCGUGCAUUACUAAUAAUUCUUCUUUUUCAGUGGUAUUAUCCAAAUACCACAUUGUUUCAAAACUUCUGUCAUUACUGCUUCAUGAAAGUCUUGAUUUGGGAGAAAAAUUCAGCAUCACACUUGCCCUUGGUCACUGCACAGAGGACUGUGAGGAAAAUCAGUAUGAACUUUUAAAAAGCAAUGGGCUUCCACUAAUGAUACAAGCCUUAAGUGAAUUUAAGAAUGAAGAACUAAGCAGAGCUGCCACUUACGUACUUCACAACUGCAAAAAUAUUACUGAGAAAUUAUCUCUAAGUCUACGAGACAUUUCUUUUGAUGAAAAUGAAGCCAACCAACAAAAGGACAUAAAUGAAAAAGAGAAUCUUGAAGAGCACUGGAAGACAGCAAAGGAAAUUAUAUGCAGAAUAAAACAAUUUGAAAGAGAAGGAAAAGAGGAGAAAUUACAAAGUGACCAAUACAAGGAUAAUGCCUCAUCUAUGAAAAUAAAAAUACAGAACAGUCUGAAACGUCUCUGUGCAGAUAGUAUUAGAGGUACCAAAGCAGAAAAUAAGGAUACAAACCAGUCUAGACAGCUUCGCAGUUCUAAGUCCGAUGGUAUCACAUCUAAAACUUGUGCAAAUGAAAACCAAAUGAAGACUCUGGAAAAGAAUACAAAUCCCCUUAAUCCUUGCUAUAGGGAGAGAAUGCAAAAUAAGAAUUUACAUAAAGCCACUUCAAGCUGCACCCAAAACUUAAAUGAAAAGAUGACUUUUAAUCAAAAGGAUUCUGUUUCUCAAUCAAGUGACCAUGUUGUUAAACAUCUGAUUCACACUGUCAAAAAUAGAAAGCAGCAGGUACCAGUAACAGAUCCAUUUACAUUGUGUUUAGACAUAAUAGAUAAAGAAGCUGGUUUUCAAGCAACUGACAAGUCUUCCAAAAUGUUGAAAUAUAGAUGCUCAGGUUGCGUAGCGGUAAGAAAACUACUCAACAGUCGAAAUUUUAGCAAGCUUUUACACUCUUGUGCAUACCAAUGUGAUUACCAUAAAGUCAUUAUGGAAGCUGAAGAUAAAUAUAAAAGUGAAUUAAGGAAAGCACUUAUCUGUGACAAAGAAAUUUUGCUGACCCCCCGUAGAAGAAGACAACUUAGUAAAAUGUCUACUGCCUCUGAAGGACUAAAAGCUAUUCAUCAAAAACCAGAUAGUCAAAAACUUCCAGGUUUGGAGGAACAUGCUCGUAACACCAGCAUUCCAGAGGCUAAAGAGAGAAGAUUCCGAGUUCCAGGCAAGCAUGGACUACAUAGAAAACGAAGAAUUCGUAAAAACUUUACCAAAGAAGAAGUAAAUUAUCUUUUCCAUGGAGUUAAAAAAAUGGGAAAUCAUUGGAAUUCAAUUUUGUGGUCUUUCCCCUUUCAACAGGGACGAAAGGCUGUAGACCUUGCUCACAAAUACUACAAACUGAUCAGAGGCCCCAACUGUGCAGCCAUAUGACUAGAAGAGACUCAAGUUUUUUGUUUGUACUCUUAAAAUAGAAUUUCUUAGGAGAUAUAAAUUGUCAACUAUUCUUCUAAACUCUUAAGAGACCGGAUAUGAGAGUUGAAAUGACUUUUGUGAUACAAACUCUUAAAAAUGUUAUAAUAAUUUAUAAAGCAAAUGCAUUUUCAAAAAUGUGAAAAUUAGACUUUUUCCAUGAGGCCAAAUAUGUUGUGCCUUUAAUUUUCCUUAUAGUCAAAAAACAUAGAUCAGAAAAAAAAAUUAGCAGCCUUUAAACAUUACUUAACAUUAUAGUGCCAUAAAUACUAUGUGAGACAUUUGCUUUUCAAUAUUUAGCCUAGUACCAGUGUUCACUCUAGAACUCAGACAAUUUCUCAAGCUGUUCAACUAAGGCUCUCAUCCAACAAAUAAAUGUUUGCCAUUUGUUAAUUGAAAUUAUUCCUCUUCUAAAGGUCAACUAUGAGGUUGUAUUAGCACUCUCAUAUUCUGUGAUCAAAUUCUCAUUUUGCUGUAUAUUUACUUGCUUUGUUUAUUCAUUACAUUGUAUUGAUUUAUUGUGUAUUUGGGCACAUGUGAAGACCAUAGAAAACAACUUGCAGAAGUUAGUUUUUUCCUUGCACUAUGUGCGUCCUAGGGGCCCAAUCUCAGUUUGUCAGGUAAGGCAGCAAGUGCCUUUACUCAUCAAGUCAUCUUGCUUGUUGCUUUAGUUGUUUUACGGUGUCUCUCAUUUCCUCCUCCUGUCCUUCCACGUCAUUUUUGCGUCAUGUUACUGAGCCUCAGCUACUUCGCGCUGUAGCAGGUCAUAUCCUCUAAAGAGCUUAGUCACUGUGGACAUACUAUUGUCUAUUUGUAAUGUAUGCCUUAGAAAGGGCUCAACUUUUCUCCUAAGCUAUGCCCAAUAUUAUGAACCUAAUUUUGAUGUCUUUUGACUAGCUUUCCAAUAAUAGCUAAACUACCUUUUACAUUAUUAUAAUUGGAAUCAUUUUCAAAUAA